CUAAGCUACUCGGUCGCGCCAGAUAUAUGCGUUGCGUUACUUGUGCUUUUUGCGUUUACUCAACAGAGACCUUUAGCUGUUGAAGUUCAGCCAUAGAAUUAUUGUCCUGGCUAGGGAACGACAGUUGUUAUAUCUGUGCACCUUGCUCUUGUUUUCAUAUACUUAAGUGCCCCCAACCUGGACACAGGCAUUUCAACUAUUGGGAGUCGCAUAAUGUUAGAGGAUGAGUUCGCUGAGCUGGACCUAAAUGAAAACUCUGAAAACACUUUAAAUGUACCGUUGAAUUCUGAGUCUUAUCUGCCGACAGGUUUCACACCUGAACGAAAUGUCACACAUGGCAUAUCGCCCAUUGACACUGGGAAAGAAACUGUAAACACUGUUUCCGAUGUUGCAUUUGUAAAAGUCACAAGCCCUGCAAAAGUUGGUGAGGGUAUUUCGUCAUACAUAGUAUAUCGUGUUAAUACAAAGUUUAAUGGCAAGGAAUUUUCAGUCCUCAGACGGUUUUCUGAUUUCCUUGGGUUGCAUGAAAGGUUAGUCGCGAAGUAUCUUUCUGAAGGAGUUAUUGUUCCCCCUGUUCCUUCUAAAGAUAUGCUAGCUACAACUAAAGUUAAAAUGUCAAAGGACGUUUCUGCGGAAAAUGAAUUUGUUGAACGUCGCCGAAUAGCUUUAGAACGAUUCCUAUCACGAGUACUCUCACAUCCAGUUUUACAUAUUGAUGAAGAUGUCUGUGAGUUCCUUCGGCAUGAAGGAGAGCUACCACGUGCAACAAACACCCAACUAUUGUCCGGUGCUGCAGCGAUAAAAGUGAUGAAAAAUUUGGGUGAUGCGAUUGGAAAGUUUGCUUACAAAGUUGAUGAUCCCGAAGAGAAUACUGCUGAGGAGUUCUUCUAUCAGAAAGCAGAUGAAUUAGAUAGUUGGGAAAAGCAACUUAAACGUCUUCACUCCUCGCUUCUUAAUUUAGUAUCAGGAGACAAUGACCUAGCAAAUGCCGAAGCUGGCUUGGCUCGUUCAGUUCUUCUCCUGGCUAAUGUAGAAGAAAAUACUGGUCUAGCUCAAGCACUUCAUCAUCUGGCAGAAACAGAAGGACAUGUCGCUGAUUUACACGCUUUACAAGCAGAAGCGCAUACGUGCCAUUUAGUGGAGUAUUCUCGAGAAUUACUAGGCAUGGUUCAGGCUUGCAAGGAUGUUUUAAGUGAACGUGUACGAAUAUAUCGUACAUGGAAAACCGCUGAAGCUAAUCUUCGUUCUAAGCGUGAACAGAAAAUUCGAAUGGAAAUGGCACCUAGAAAUGAUAAUAAGAAGAUGGCCACGAUAACAAUGGAGUUGGAAGAUAUAAUUUACGUCAAUAACUGGGUUUUUUUGUGAACAGCCUUCACUUGAUUGCAGUUCACAUGAAUUUAGACGACUGAUUUCACGUCACACACGACUGACUAUUUGGACGAGAAUACAAGAGUAAGCGGGAAAGUAUACUGGACUAUCUAAUAAAAUACACAAACACACCCAUAUAUAUAUAUAUAUAUACCAGUCUAUCUAUAGGGAAUUGACCCAUUUUGACUCCAAUGAAAUCUACUUGAUUUUUAUGUCACAUCUGAAUGCUAUCGAUUGACUUUUUCAUUAGGCUACUUCUGAUUGGCACUCCACAUUAGAUGACUGUAUUAUUAAUUAAUUACUGCGUAUAUUAAUAACUUAUUUUAUAGUAUAUUCAACUUAUAGAACAUAAACAUCAAAUAUUACUCAAACAACAUGUUUUCACUGAUUUAUCCAAAGAGGAUUAAAAUGAUCUAAACCUACCUAAUCAUCAUAAGGAUUUGAAAUUUUAAUGAAACUUUUCGUUGUAUUCCAUUUGAAAUAAGAAUUCAUUAAAAAUUGUCGAUAAGUACUGGUGGAUACUCCGUUUUUGUUUUCCCCCUAGGUUACACUUGAUCUUAAAGUUACUGUUACAAAUUAGUCGCUAUUUAAAAACUAAUAUUUAAAGCUAUAUGCUGGAUGGGAAUCAUAUUUCUGGAAAUAGUAAUUAAAAGUUAGCAUGUGAUACUCUAUAGGAUAUUCAAAAUUUCACCAUCAGCUUUAUUGAUCUAUGUACUUUCACAGCAAAUUAUCAACACAACUGGUUAACUCGUACAAUUUUACUAAUCAAGUAUUCGAUCAGUCAUACGUAACAUAGAACCUGGCAUAUACAUGCAUCGAUCUAAGUUGUCACACUGAAUUAACAAAGUGAGGUAAGUAAAUGUCAGAGCAGUUGAAUUAUUAAGUGUCAGUGGUAGUGGGAGGCAUGAGAAUCGACAGUGUGAUUCUGGACGAAGGAACGACUUCAUAAGAUAAAAAAUUAAGAUAAUUUUGAUACUCAAGAUCUAAAAGGAGACGAAGAGUGAAUACACUAGCACUAGUACUAUCAACUCUAAGCCAUAUUAUUCACCGUCUCAAGUACUCGUUAAAAUAACCACUCGGUGACCUCAAAAGGUAGUCUGCAUCUACCUACAAUGGCUUAGUCCUACAGUCAAUGACUUCAUGAACCGAUGUCACGAGUAUUAAUUGUCCUCAUUUCUCUGAUGCUAAUCAACAUCCUUGGUGCAUUUUUAGGAUAUAGUCUCUAAACUAUUUGCUUUACAUAUAGUGCUCUUUCUUCACUUACUCUCCAAACAAUUAUCCCGCCUUGUGAAUUUUCUUCGAGUAUUUUUUAUUGUUAGAUGAUUGAGAAUAUUUUGCACCAUUUAUUUAUGCACGAUUGUUUUUAUUAUAUAAAUCAAGGUUUUUGUUAUGAUUACUAGUUCUUAUUUUUUGUAUAUUUCAUUUUGUACAUUACACAUAGUUACAUAGUUGUAUUCUUUUUUCUUCAUUUCUUUUAAAGCUUGAAAAUCGUGUAGAUCAAGCUCAGCAUAAGUUUAAUAAUAUAUCUAUAAAUAUUAAAAGAGAAUUUCAAAAUUUCGACUUGAAUCGUUUUGCUUAUUUCAAACAAGCCACUACAGAAUAUUUAGAAUUGUUAUUGCAAAUUCAAUUAAAAGUGUUAGAGAACUGGGAGAAAUAUUUGUCUUAUACAAACGGUAUCAAUUGAUGUAUGCGCAUAUAGGCUCUGUUAACAAUUUUUUUAUUUCUAGAAAAGAAAUAUCCUUGGUUUUGGAAUUAUUUUCCCUCUCUUUAUUACACAAUCAAUAUUCCACACUUAUUUAUUGUUCCAUUGAAAUUUUAAGUUAAACAUAUAUGUUAAUUUCUCAUCCUUUGUGUUCAAGUAACACGCACACACACACACACACAGAUAAUGCAUGUGUAUACACUUGUAUACUGACUGUAUUUCGGGUAAUUAAUUCUAAAUAAUCGCUUGGAUAUGGUGGUUGUGAUAAGUCUUUAUUUUUUUCUUCUGUUAAUCAUUUUGUAAUUUAUGUAACUCUUAGAUUGAUUUCAUAUCUCUGCCACUUUAUGCUGAUUUCAUGCAUAUAUUUAAUAAUAAUAUGGUGUUUUGAUUUAAAAAGCAAUGGAAUUUUUAUAUAUUUCACCCUCAUGGGAUAACAAAUAUUAACAGACGUAGUAGGAGUACAGAGUAUUAAACAAUUUAAUGACAAUUUUUUAACAGGAGAGUUUUUGCAAACAAGUACUUUACUGUGUUUCCUUCUCCCGUUGGAACUUCAUGUUAAUUAUAAAAUUCAUAAAAUCACCUUAGAUGGGAACAUUUUUUUCUUCACUAUUGUUGAUAUCUGCGCAGCCUUAUAUAAUAGGAUUGUAUACAUGAGUUUCUUUUUCCUUUUGCCCUAUAUGUGCUGUCUAUAAACAGACAACCAAUGACACAGGAUAAACAUCAGUGUGGAAGGACAUUAUCCUUCAUUCUGUUCCAACUAGCAUGAACAGUCUAAAUAAUAAGGCGCAUUCUGUGUUUAAGAAAAUUUAAAUAGUUUACCUGUUUGCAGACUAGUUUACCUUUCUAGUAUACGUAACUUUAGACGUUCUGUAUACCUUAGGAAACAUAAUGGGUGAUUAUGAUCUAAAUACAUAAUUUCUUUUC